AUGACUUUGGCCUUAAGUACGGCAGACUGCAAGAGGCACUCUGCCAAAACACUUUUUUCAUGUGUCAAAGCAGAAAUCGUAUUUUACAAUUACCCUACUACCUAG